AUGACAGUAUCCUACAAUUUGGACGUCUCAUCCACCUCCCUCGUCGCCUUUCUAAAACUGCAACUACGAUGGCGUGGCUCCGUGUGGAAAUCCGUGAUGCGAGAGCUAUUCAUCUUCUCGAUUCUAUUCGCAACUGUCACAAGCAUCUAUAGGACCAAUUAUUUCUUGUCGGAGGAGCAGAGAGUAUUCUGGGACAACUUCUCCGCGUUAUUCGACCAAAAGCUAGACUACAUCCCGUUAACCUUCAUGCUCGGAUUCUUCGUCACUAUUAUUGUUGGACGAUGGAAUGAUAUCUUUUUGAAUAUUGGAUGGGUUGAUAACACCGCCCUUCUAAUUGCCACGUACAUUCGCGGAAGCGACGAGAAGAGUCGUAUUUUGAGACGGACGACUCUUCGGUACAUGGUACUCACUCAAGUGAUCAUUUUUCGAGAUAUUAGCAUGAGAGUACGCAAGAGAUUUCCUACGUUGGAGACUGUCGUCGCUUCAGGUAGCUUUUUUUUUUGA